AUGGACUUCCCAGCCUUUGACAUGUGGAAAGACUACUUCAACCUGAGCCAGGUGAUUCUGGGUUUAGUUCAAAGGCGGAAGCAAAGGCUGGAGGAUGAUGGGGCUGAGGAACUCACCCCCAGGCCCCAGGAGAAGAGCGAGCAGGGGCUGGGGGUUGCCUCCGGAAGCCCGGCUAACCUGUGUAACUUCUGCAAACACAACGGGGAGUCUCGUCACGUCUAUGCCUCACACCAGCUGAAGACGACGGAAGGUGUGGUGGUGUGUCCCAUCCUCAGGCACUAUGUGUGUCCUCUGUGCGGGGCCACCGGCGACCAGGCUCAUACGCUCAAGUAUUGUCCACUCAACAGCAGCCAGAAGUCUCUUUACCGUCGCAGUGGACGAAACUCAGUUGGACGCAAAGUCAAGAGAUAA